GCUUCCUUUCGUUUUCAUUUUUGAUUUUUCAAUCAAAUGGCUCAGUGAUUGUGCGCACUUCACUUUAAUAUGCGAUUAUUCAUAGUAGAUACUGAUUAGAAUUGAAUAUUGUUAUGUGAUUUUAAACGAUUUAAAUGAUAUGGGUUUCUUUACAAAUUGUUCUUUGUGAUAAGUCUAAUACAACCAAGCGAGUGAAUGAUGCAUUCUAUAUUUUGGACAGGCAGAGUUUUAUCACGUGCUAUAAGAAAUGGACUUUCGAAUUUAUCGAGUGCAGCUGAAUUAAAUGUUUCCAAAAAGAAACAUCCAUAUUUAGUGUCAGUGGUUUGUGGUUUUCCUAAAGAUAUUGCGAAUGGGAGGUCUCAUAAAGGACAGUUUGGCGACGAUGCCUGGUUCUCCACUACCUUCAACAAUGCAGAUGUCAUUGGUGUUGCUGAUGGUGUGGGGGGCUGGAGGGCAUAUGGCAUUGAUCCUGGAGAAUUCUCCUCUUACCUUAUGAAAACUUGUGAGAGACUUGUGAGAAUGGGCCAUUUCAAGUUAUCAGAACCAGGAGACCUUUUAGCAAAGUCAUACUAUGAAUUGUUAGAACACAAGAAACCAAUUUUAGGAAGUAGCACAGCCUGUGUUAUGAUACUGGACCGCAAUGAGAGUAUAAUGCGAGCAGCAAAUAUUGGUGACAGUGGAUAUAUGGUGGUGAGAGGGAACCGCAUAGUACACAGGUCACAUGAACAACAGCACUACUUUAAUACACCAUACCAACUAAGUCUGCCGCCACCGGGACAUGAUAGGAAUGUGUUAAGUGAUAGGCCAGAAUCGGCUGAAACUGCCGAGUUCAAAGUAGAAAGCGGGGACGUAAUUCUUGUAGCGACCGAUGGAGUAUUCGACAACGUGCCAGUAACAGUAUUGGUGGCCGAGAUGCGCAGAGCGCAGGGCAUGGACAACGACUCCCAGAAGUUGCAGGCCGUGGCGAACUCCAUUGCUUGGAUGGCGCGCAAUCUCUCCUUCGAUGGCUGUUAUAUGUCGCCGUUCGCCAAGAGCGCGCGCCAGAACGGCAUAGAUGCCAUAGGUGGAAAACCAGAUGAUAUAACAGUGCUUCUGGCAAUAGUGGCGCUAUGAAGGCAUCGUUUGACUGUUUUAGUUUAAAUUUUAUUUGUUUUGAAUAGUCCUUCCAAAUUAGAAUCGACACCAAAAAUUAAGAAAAUUUGUUAUCUUGACAUCUUUCGGAAUAUAUUUUAUUUCACAAAACUAAAGACAUCCAUGGAAGACCUUGGGCAUUCGUGAUGAAUGUAAAAAUAGUGAAUCUGGUAUGCUUUAUUUAAAAAACAAUGUGUGGUUGUUAUAAUUUAAGAUUUGUAGCAGGUGCUCAUGCCAUAAAAAAGGUUCUGAUCAACUUCUGGAAAAUAUUUCUAUUGAGUCCUCUAUAGACUUAGUAUGAAAUAUUACUUGGAAAGUCAAUUAUAUGUUACAUUUUAAAUAGUAAAAUUAUUGCAUUUGAUAACAUUAAAGGUUUAAUGCAAUAUUCAGAUUUAAAAAGUUGUGAUGUUAAUAUUGUUUGAUUGAAGACUGAUUCUAGUAUAAAUGUGUUGUUUUGUAAAUAACUGGAAUGGUAUUGUGUCUAUUUAAUUUUUAUAAACUUUUACCUUCAAACUAAUUCUUAUCUAUUAAAAUACUGAUACAUUUUA